CAAAAAGGUGCAUUUCUCUGUUGUAUUUUCGCUAUGCAGCGGACAACUACAUAUAAUACGCAGGUGGCAAGCCCGUAGCAGAAAGACACGAAUAUGCCGCGCUCCUACUCCAGCUCCUUGUUGCUCCUCCUGGCGAUGGUGAUGCUGAUGACGCCACUGCCUUUCGCCGCCCAUGCUCAGAUAGUGCCCCGAGGCCAUUGCAGACCCACACCCAUCCGCGUCCCGGCAGGUGGCAUGGUCUGCGAGCAACGAUGCUACACGCCCGGUGUCCCACCAUUCCACUGUAGGCGCUUGCCCCUCACAACUGAUCUCCAAAUCUGCGGCAGGAACUGUUGUCGCUCCGGCCCCCACUGCCUGCAGUUGCUGCGAACCUAACUGGAUUAAUUUAUCGACAGAUCGCUUGAUAAGUAAAUAAAUAGACAUAAUAAACGCUUCUUAAUUCCGGU